GGAAAAAGGCUGAAAUCCCUGCCCGUGGUAACAGUGCUGGGAUCGAGAAGCAGAGUCUCAGCGCGCGGCGUGCGGAGUCACAAAGGCUCGCCGCCGCAACGACUGUGCGCUUAUGUGAUCGCCGGUACAACUGGACUUUCUUCAGCAUUAAUUUUUCCUGUUAAAGCUUUUUGAAAUCAGAUAUCAGGAAAGGAAAAAACGUCCCCAAUAAAUAAAGCCUCAGUGAUUUUCUUACAGGACUGCAUAUAUCUGAGCUGAACACGUGGUGUUUAAAUUCUGAACAAAGAGGAGAACUACACAGCAUAAGAUGGAUCAGCUUUCCGACGAGGAGCUGGAUCAUGCCGCAGAAGAGGACAGUGACAAGGAGGACCAGGACCUGGACAAGAUGUUCGGAGCCUGGCUGGGGGAGCUGGACAAACUGACCAAGAGUCUGGAUGAUGGGAAACCAGAGAAAGUGCAGAAGGCCCCACUCAGACAGGAGACCAACUUGGCCAACUUCUCCUACCGCUUCUCCAUGUACAACAUCAACGAGGCUCUGAACCAGGGAGACCCAGUGGACCUGGACGCCCUCAUGGCAGAUCUGUGCUCCAUCGAGCAGGAGCUCAGCAGCAUCGGCAGGCCCAACAGUGGCGCCAAGCUGAGGCAGAAGCUUCCGGCAGGCCGUGGCCCUGGGGUCCGUCACGGCAGCGGGGGUGGCAGCAGCGCAGGCAGCAGCAGCAGCAGUAGCGCUCGUGCCUCCCCAGCCUCCACGGUGCGGGGGGGCGGCUCUCACAGCCGGCCACUGGCCUCUAACUUCUCCCUGGAUGACAUCACGGCCCAGCUGGAGCAGGCCUCGCUCAGCAUGGACGAGGCGGCCCGGCAGACCUCGGCCUCUCCCUCCUCGGCCUCCCCCUCUUCCUCCUCCUCCUCCUCCACAGCUACCCUGCUCCGGGCCGCAUCCUCUUCACACCAGCACCGCAGGACCGGCUCUGCUGGCGCCAUCAGCAAUCAUGAGGUCCGCUCCCUGGGGCAGUCGCCCCGCUCCAGCAUCAACUCUGCCUCUGCCGGCAGCAUGGACUCGCUGGACAUGGACAAGCCUCUGCGUCCCCCUGAGCCUGAGGCCCCCCCGCGGCCUGACGGCCCCCAGGGGCCCGCCACGCAGCCCAUGGCCCCCCAGGACCUGAGCCCGGGGCAGUCCAGCUCAGAGCACUCCUAUCUGGACAGGGAAACCUCCCUCAUUCUGAAAAACAUUGCAGGAAAGCCCUCUCACUUGCUGACACAGGAGGAGCAGGCUGCCAAGCUGAAGGCAGAGAAGAUACGGGUGGCUUUGGAGAAGAUCAAGGAGGCACAAGUGAAAAAGCUGGUGAUCCGAGUGCACAUGUCGGACGAAAGCUCCAAGACCAUGAUGGUGGACGAGCGUCAGUCUGUUCGACAGGUGCUGGACAGCCUGCUCGACAAGUCCCACUGUGGCUACAGCCCAGACUGGUCAUUGGUAGAGACCAUCAAUGAACUCCAAAUGGAGCGUAUCUUUGAGGACCAUGAGAACCUGGUAGAAAACCUGCUGAACUGGACCCGGGACAGCCACAACAAGCUGAUGUUCAUAGAGCGGAUUGAGAAGUACGCUCUUUUCAAGAACCCACAGAACUACUUGUUGGGCAGGAAGGAGACGUCAGAGAUGGCAGAUCGGAACAAAGAGGCUCUGCUGGAGGAGUGUUUCUGUGGCAGCUCUGUGUCCGUGCCGGAGAUUGAGGGGGUGCUCUGGCUGAAGGAGGAUGGCAAGAAGUCGUGGAAGAAACGCUAUUUCCUGCUCCGUGCCUCUGGAAUGUACUAUGUGCCAAAGGGCAAAGCCAAGGCCUCCCGGGACCUAGUGUGCUUCCUGCAGCUGGACCAUGUGAACGUGUACUAUGGCCAGGACUACCGCAGCAAGUACAAGGCCCCUACGGACUACUGCUUCACCCUCAAGCAUCCUCAGAUCCAGAAGAAGUCUCAGUACAUCAAGUAUCUUUGCUGUGAUGAUGUCAGGACUCUCCACCAGUGGAUCAAUGGGAUCCGCAUUGCCAAGUACGGGAAGCAGCUGUAUCUGAACUACCAGGAGGCCAUGAAGCGAACAGAAGCCGCCUACGAUUGGUCCUCCUUGUCCAGCUCCAGCAUCAAAUCUGGCUCCAGCUCCUCCAGCCUGCCAGAGUCCCACUCCAACCAUUCCAGCCAAUCAGACAGCGGCGUGUCGGACGCCGCCUGCGUAAGCCACGCCCGCUCCCAGAGUGUGGUCAGCUCCAUUUUCUCUGAGGCCUGGAAAAGGGGCACACAGCUACAGGAGAGCAGCAAGGGGUCGAAGGUCAAGUCUCGCAAAGCCAUGCCCUUGUGCACUAGUGGAGAUUGAGGUUAGGGGUUUGCCAGUCCUUUAACUGUGACCCUGGAGUCUGUAAUCCGCAGCAGGGAGAUUUCGAUGAGCCCGCCAGCUUGUCCCGUCCAGCCUGGCUGGCUCCUGAAGCGGAAUGCUCGCUCACUCUGCUGAUAUAUUGAUUUUUAUCUUGUUUUUUUUCCGUCUGUUUCAUUAACAUAGUCCAUUCACAGAGCACUUUUAAUUUAAUCCCCCUUCCCUGUUUGAUGGGUCCUCCCCCUUAUUGGAUUAACCCAGCUUGUCAGUCUGUUUUAUCCUCCCCGAGUGGGAAGUGUGAUUUACUGAAGUGUGCAGGUAGUGUCGAUGUGGUGCACAUGUUUGCGUGCGUCACGUGUUGUGAUGGCGCUCGGCUCUGGCCUGGCAGUGAUUUAAUUCCGCUACAGUCUUCCCUGCCCCAGCCUGUCUGCUGACAGACCCGGAUGUUCAUCCUGUUUCCAGGCUGAUGUCAGCUUUUCUGUCAGUGGUCAAUCUGCCACCUUCAUAAAUCAGUCAGUGGAUCCCAGAUCCAGGCUUCCAAGUCAGUCAGCUCCCAGUGUGCCUCCACCAUGGUGCCAGUCGAACUGCCAGAGCUGAUCGUCCCUCUUUCAUUGUGGGGGGAAAACAUGCAGCCUUGUGGAACACAGAUGCUGAUAAGCCAUCAGUUAGACCAGUUUUUUAUGUGUAACAGAGCAAGGAUGGGAACUGUGCACAUGUGUGAGAGCUGCAAAACACUGAGCCUCCCAGUGAGAUGUUUACCUUAGCAGUCUGCCUUGUUUCGUUAAAAGUCAGAUUCUCUUCAGACGUGUUUCUCAUCAGUUGUUUCUUGGUGUGAGGGUUGUGAAGGUAUUGUCCUGGCUUUGUGUUGCUUAAUGCACCAUCUCUGAGCUUUGGUUGAAUGGCUUGUGAGAGUUUUACUUCACACAAAAAUGUUCGGAUGGCAGAAUGAAAAAUGAUUGGUUCAAAGAUGACCAAUCAGAUUGUAGAGGAGCAGGGUCCAAGCAACCAGAGGAGGCGGGACCAAGACAUCUGAUUGGUCUUGUUGCUUGGACCCACCUCCUCUUCAAUCUGAUUGGUUCAGAGAGAUAACCAAUCAUUUUUCAUUCUGCCCUCAGAACAUUUUUGUGUAAGUAAAACUCCCAUGAGCGCUUGAAUGAAAAUCCACUGUUGCUGGUUCCUUCAGGGUGUUUUUCAGUUUCUAGCAAGAGUGUGUGUUGGUACCUUAUGUGCAGAAGAACUGAGACUUGCUUACCCGUGCUGACUUUAAAGAGAGGAGGAGAGACCAUUUGCUGCAGUUAUAUCUCUCUUCCUCACGGUUUAAAUCCUGAACAUUAUCAUUAAUAUUUUGUCUCUUGCAUCCAUGUGAUUUUCAUACUUGCAUUUUGCUGGUUUAUUUUCUGUUGUGCUACGCUGCCACAUUCUGUAAGUGAGUUUUAAGCAGAAUAACCAGUAUUGUGUUGUCACGUGUGGUGCAUUGUGAUGCAUUAUGGAAACUGCUCUUCUUGGAAAUGUCUAUCAUUUUGUGGCUCCAUUGUCCUUUUACAUUUUAACUUCUGAUUGCAGGUGAAGGCGGAGUCUGUCAAAGGUCCCUGCCUCCCCCAUCCUGCCCCUCAAGCACGAAGCAGUCUGCCCAACGUCCCAGCGCACCCCUCACCUCCACCCCCUUCCCUGGCCCACCCUGUCCCUGUUCCACCUCAAGCACGGAG